GACACCUCUGGCCAAGGCAGGUUUUUUUGCACAAUCUUUCGGUCUUAUUCUAGAGGAGCUCAGGGGAUCCUCCUUGUUUAUGACAUCACCAACCGGUGGUCCUUUGAUGGAAUUGACCGAUGGAUCAAAGAGAUAGAUGAGCAUGCUCCAGGGGUCCCUCGUAUCUUGGUGGGAAAUAGGCUGCACUUGGCCUUCAAGCGGCAGGUGCCCACUGAACAGGCUCGGGCCUAUGCCGAGAAGAACGGUAUGACCUUUUUUGAGGUCAGCCCGCUGUGCAACUUCAAUGUGACAGAGUCCUUUACAGAACUGUCUCGAAUAGUGCUCAUGAGGCAUGGAAUGGAAAAGAUAUGGAGGCCAAACAGGGUAUUCAGCCUGCAAGAUCUGUGCUGCCGAUCUAUUGUCUCCUGCACACCAGUCCAUCUUAUCGAUAAGCUUCCUCUGCCAGUGGCCAUUAAGAGCCACCUCAAAUCCUUCUCCAUGGCCAACGGAAUGAAUGCUGUGAUGAUGCAUGGACGUUCCUACUCUGUGGCUGGUGGUGGUGGUGGGGCUGCAGGAAGCGGUGGGGGGAGCAAAGGUAACAGUCUAAAACGAUCCAAAUCCAUUCGGCCACCCCAAAGUCCCCCUCAGAACUGCUCAAGAAGCAACUGCAAGAUCUCCUAG